AUGGGUUACACAUACAUCAACGUUACCUCGUGCCUUGCUACUGGCAUCGCUCUCACCGUCUUGACUGUCCUUUUCGUUGCUCUGCGAAUAGGCGUAGCGAUACAAAAGGCCGGUAAAAGCAGAGAGACGCGUCUCAGCAAGCAUCUCGACGACCUCUUCUGCCUCCUCGCUCUCAUCCCAACCAUCGGCGUCUCCACUGUUCUGAUCUAUGGUGCUGCUAAGGGCAUUAUCGGCGGCCACAAUGACCCUAGCAACAUCGAAGGCUGGAUCUACAGCACGACACCAGAUUUAGUAAUUUUGGAGAAGUGUGUGUACAUGAUCUUCAUCAUGCAGCCGCUGGCUAUCGGCUUCACGAAACUCGCUUUCUUGUUCCUGUACCGUCGCAUCUUCACAUGGCCUGGUUUCCAAUGGACCUCGCUCGUGUUCAUCGUCCUCACCGUUGCUUUCACCAUCGCGUUCUUCUUUGGCUUCAUCUUCGAUUGCCGCUUGAACUUUGCUGCCAACUGGGGCUCUCUUGCUAGCAUCGCGGAGAACUGUCCGUUCGGAUUUGAGGCGACCAUCACCUUCACGGUUCUUGACGCUGUGUUCGAUCUCUGCAUCUUGCUUCUGCCACUCCCAUGGAUCUGGCGUCUCCAAAUGCCCACCGUACGCAAGAUCCAGCUGUGCGGUGUCUUCCUACUCGGAGGUUUCGCCGUCGCCUCCGCCAUUGUCCGCAUGGUCAUCUGCAUCAAGCAGAACACACCAUCCGCGGCCCUCGACGAACAGUACAUCAUGGGCAUGCCCACCUACGACAUCAUCGGCAUAACCUCGCACGGUCUAUUCUGGACCGUCGUCGAGACCAACGUCGCUCUCAUCGCAUGCUGCCUUCCCAAGAUCCGAUCCGUGCUCAGCUUGGCCGGCCUGGGCAGCAUCAUGAUGUCCAUGGGCUCUCUCCUCCAGAAGAUGGGCUCCAGCAUGGGUACUCAGAACUCCAAGAGCGCUAGCAACGGAAGCAACGGCAGCGGCCAGUUCAGCAAGCUCAGCAAGAUUUCUGCUGCUACGACCGUUACAGUUGGUAGCACACCCCGUAGCCAGCUCGGUCACUACCGCUUGGAGAAGGAACGCACUGAUAGCGAUAUCAACCUCGUUGACCUCAAGGGCUUGGGUAACAAGACUGACGCCGAGGCCGUCGCCUUGGAGAAGGGAAUGUCGCCUGACUCUUACGAGGAUUUGGAGGACAGGAAGUACCUCGGUAGGAACUCGCCCAGCAGGUUCUCCCAGUAA